CCCCCACGUUUCGACGGAGCUCCCUUCCAUCUCUCCCCCACCCCUUUCUUCUUCCUCCCCACGCCAGCCGCCGCCCGGGACCUAGGGUUUCCUCGCCGCCGCCGCCCCCGCCGCCGAAUCGCCGCAGGAGGAGGAGAUGGGCACGCCGGAGACCUCGCGGGAGCCGUGCCCGGACCGCAUCCUGGACGACGUGGGCGGCGCGUUCGGGAUGGGGGCGGUGGGCGGCUCCAUCUUCCAUUUCCUCAAGGGCACCUACAACUCGCCCAACGGCGAGCGCCUGCUCGGCGGGGCCCAGCAGGUGCGCCUCAACGCGCCGCGCGUCGGCGGGAGCUUCGCCGUCUGGGGCGGCCUCUUCUCCGCCUUCGACUGCACCAUGGUCUUCGUGCGCCAGAAGGAGGACCCCUGGAACUCCAUCAUCGCCGGCGCCGCCACGGGCGGCUUCCUCUCCAUGCGCCAGGGCCCCGGCGCCGCCGGCCGCUCCGCGCUCAUGGGCGGCUGCCUCCUCGCGCUCAUCGAGGGCGCCGGCCUCAUGCUCAACCGCGUCCUCGCCGCGCCGCAGAACCUCCCGCCGCUCCCCACCGACGAUCCCAACCUGGCCGCCGCGAUGGCGGGGGGAGGCGCCGGCGGCUUCCCAGGCAUGCCCCAGCCACCCGUGCCCCCCGUGGAGGUCGGGAGCUCCAGCGGCGGGGGUAGUUGGUUCGGCGGCCUCUUCGGCAAGAAGGAGGAGGAGAAGAAGCCCAGCGGCGGCGGCGGCAAGUCGGAGAUAUUAGAGAGCUUUGACACGCCCAGCACUCCGAUACCAUCGUUCGACUACAAGUGAGAAAAAAGGUAGCUGAUGGCGCCGCCGAUGCGCAGCGGCGCUCGACCCACAGGUAGUAGUCUGAAGCUGGGAGUGCAAUCUACUUCAUCUUGGAGGAGAGGUAGACGAAGUGACGCUUGCGCAGCUCAACUUCUAGUACUGUUAUCUAUGGGCCGACCAGUCGCUGGGAAAAGGUUUUGUAUUAUUAGUCUAUUGUACGCGAGCUUUUUAAACUUUGCAUGUUCUUGUUGUUGCCGUGGUAGCGACGGUAAUAAUGCCUAUAGCGUCAUAUGGUGCAGAUGUACUGCUGCGCUUGAAAAGCCUUCAAUUAAAAUUACGCCUCUGUCUGUC